GCCUGGAGUCCAUGCCGAUGAGAGUCUCUUUGGUUGUUUAGGUUUGCUUGCCGCUCUCUCUCUGCAGGGGAGUGCGCGCGAAGGAACGGCAUCAUGACGACCCGCCUGAAGAAGAACAGGAAGAAGAGAGGACACGUGAGUGCCGGUCAUGGGCGUGUAGGCAAGCACCGCAAGCAUCCAGGAGGUCGGGGUAAUGCCGGAGGUAUGCAUCACCAUCGGAUCCUGUUCGACAAGUACCACCCUGGGUACUUCGGCAAGGUCGGUAUGAGGUACUUUCACAAGACGAUGAACAAGUUCCACUGUCCCAUUGUGAACAUUGAUAAGUUGUGGUCGUUGGUGCCUGAGGCCGUGAAGGAGAAGGCCGACGGGGAGAAGAGCGCGCCUCUCUUGGACGUCACCCAGCACGGGUUCUUUAAGGUGCUUGGCAAGGGCGAUUUGCCGUCCCAGCCGAUGGUUGUGAAGGCUAAGUUUUUCUCUAAGCUCGCGGAGAAGAAAAUUAAGGAGGCUGGUGGUGCGGUUAUCCUCACUGCCUAAGCCCCUUGAGAAGAGUUCUGUUCAGGAAAUGUGAAGGGGAUCCAUGCAUUUGUUCGGUGUCUAGAUGCAUCUACCGAAAUGAAAAUUCCGUUUUUUCGAGACGAUUACAUUCCUGUUUUAUGCUCUCGAGGAUUUCAUUGAAAGAGUGGAAAUGCUUCUCUUAUCCAUGCUGGUGUCAAAUGCUAGCUGUGUCUUCAAUUUUAUUGUCGUUGUACUUCCA